AUGAAUUACAUAGAGAGGAACAAAAUCGAAACGAUUUAUAAGGACGACUACACAGACUUCACGAGACUUAGCGACUUUGAAAUUUUCACAAAGGAUAUCCUAGUCAGUCUAAAAAAACUGAACAUUCUGGAGACCAAAAGGAAGUAUGAAAAAAAGUAUGCAUUUGCUAACGCUGAGCUGAGGGACAAACCUCUUGCUCCUCUUUCCCUGUUCAUCACGGUGGACGACACGUGUAAUUUUUUAAAAAAAUUGGUGAUAAGGAAGGAUUACUGUGUAAAAUUGAAUUAUAUUUACUACCCUCAUAAUAAGUGCCAAAAUGUGAUCCCCUUUAAUGUGAAUGACACUUCGUACCUGUACAAGGAAAAUGUGAAAACGGUGAAUUCGUUUUAUUGUUUGCAUGGGAAUUUGACUUGCUCCGAGAUUGUGCUUUUCCCCGCCAGGACCUUUCCCAUACAGCGUUUUUUUUUCGUGAAUGAAUACGUGGAACUGGAACUCAUAGACAGGAGCGCCCCGGAGGAUGAGCAGUACAUCGUUAUAGAGAGCCAAUCCGUAAGCAACUUAAUGUUAAACGCGUUGGAGCAAGCCCUGAAUGAGUUGGAGAUUUGCUUACCCACCUUCAUCGCGGUGGACAAGAACUACUACAUCUACCACGGUCACUUCUACACUAGCGAUUAUACCUACUUUAAGUGCGUGCACCCGUAUAUAACGGUGCAUAGGAAGGACUCCGGGGGGGCAGGCGGCACGACCAACGCAACAACCAGCACAACAACCAACGUAACUGCAACUGCAACUGCUAAUGGAACUGCCAAUGGGGUUACCACCCCUUCCUGCGGUGUGCUGGAAAAGGCCAACUACGUCUCCCUAUACAAAGGCACAGGGUUCGAGGUGAACUACAACUCCUUCAAGUUCUUCAACUACUUCAAGUGCUUCUCCUACGACCAGCUGGUGGCCCUUUUCUCCCUUUUCAUUUAUCUGUCCAACGUGAGGGGGAAAAACGUUUACAAAAUAAAUGUGUAUAUAAAAAAUAUAUACCUGAUUGACAAGCCAGAUUGCAGCCACGUGCUCAGGGUCGUAAACCUGAGGAACAAACAAUUUAGCCUCUUAAAAAGGUUGAUCAGGGGGAAAAAGGGAAGAGCAGAAAAAGCAGUAAGUGCAAUAAGUGCAGGAAUAACAGGAUGGGAAUGGGAGAAGGAAAACCAAACAUAUAGGAAGAGUAAACAAAUCUACAUUUUUAAAAACACGCACAAAAGGAACUCAUACAGUAGGGAGGUUUUCCCGCAAAUGUACCUAAACCAUAUUUAUAAUUAUAUUAAAAAAAAAAAAUUUUAUGGACGAAGAAUAUUUCUUUGUUGCCUUGUGAAGGAGAGAAAUGAAUCCCUCGACAACAGGGGCGAUAAUGGUGAGGCAACUCCCCUCCGGUGGUGGAUUGUUAAUCGCCCUGGAGAGGAAGAACGAAGCAUAGCUAUUCGGAACUACCUGUUAAGCAUGAAAAAUGACCUUUUUGGAAAACCAAGUUAUUACCAAUUGGGUCAUUUAAAAAAAGUAAAAUUAGUGGACAUCUUGUCUGACGAUGCAAAGGGGGAGGAUCAGGAGGAGAAGGACAACGACGAUGAUGAAAAUGAUGAUGACAACGAAGGAGAUAAUUAUGAGAAGAGCCCUCCUGAUUAUUCUGAUUCAUCUCUGCUGUUUUACCCCUCCCCAUCUGCUAACCAAAAUAGUAGUUAUGAGGCAAAUGGCGAAAAUGUCAAACCCAGAAGGAAAUCCACCUUCGAAGAAAUCAAUCGUCUGUACCAUACUUUGAGGAGCCACAGGAAUUUACCGAAAAGUGAGACCAGCCCCUUCGUCUCCAUUUAUGUCUUGAACUUUAUUAACAACAUGGAGUAUAAGAUAUUGGGUGGGGUGGGUUUCCCUCACGGUGAUGGCGUUUCAAAUAUGAGCAGUGGCGUUUCCAGUCAGAGUAGUGGCAUUUCUCAUCUGAGUAGUGGCCUUUCCAACCUGAGGGGCAGCCCCGUUCAUGUGAACCCGCACGAAAAUACCCGCAACACCGAGCAGGACAGGAAGAAACGAAAAAAAAAAGUAAUGAAUGUUUGGAAAAUCAGAUUCAUCAACAACGAUAAGUACAAAGGAAAAAACAGCUUCCUCUUGAAAAACAUCCUUAGGCUGUACUUCAACGAAUUGUUGGAAUUAAAGAAAAAAAGAAAUGACAAUAGGAAGGAGCGCAGCAACGAUAUGUUAUCCUCAGUGCAGCAUUAUCUGAUGGAGUUUAUGUCACUUAAAGACAAGGAGUGGGUGAGGGAUAGGGAAAUUGCUACCUACAGUUGCUUCAACAUAGAGGAGGACACCACCAGGUACUACAUUGACAAGGUUCUUAGUAACAUGUUUAGUAGUAGUAAAAAAAAGGUGUAUGAAUGGCCUCGGGGUCGGGGAGUUAGAGGGAAAUUGAAACCAAGGAGGAACACCCACAGUGAAUGCUUCGGUGCGGAGGAAGCGCAAAGUACCUUCGGCGGGGGGGGAUACUCAAAUAAUGACGUGGUGAUGAAUCAGAACAGGGGGGGGGGGGUCAGUCAGAACCCCAUCGGGGCAAAACUCUUCGUAAGCAAAAUUGACGGAGAGCUGUUCCCCCAGGGGGGCAACCGAGGGUAUCACAGCCUGUACCAAAAGGAUGCCAACGAGGUGCACUUCAUUUUAAAGAAGGGAGACAACUUUCCCAAGAGGAGGGGCGUCUCCUGGUAUGAUAGAAGGGGCAGGCGAGGGAGGGACCCCCGUGGUAGUAUAGAGGCAAGGGGGAAAAGGGUGCAAAAGAAGGGGCAACAGAGGGGGAACAGUGAAAGCAGCCAGAGUGGCAAUAAUGGUCAUAUUGGGCAGAGUGACGAUUAUGGUGAGAGUGACAGGAGUGAUCAGAAAAAGACAUCCCAACGCAGCGGAAGCAGACUAGAGCAACUAGUGAGGGAUUUCCUAAAAAUCAAGGAAAAGUACUUCCUGUGCCACCACGAGGAAAGAAUAACCAUUCUGUUCUUCUACCUCAUCAGCCACUCGAGCAACCUAAAAACAUUUUACUACAUAUGGAACCAGUUCUUCGAUAACAUACGAAAUAAGUACGAGAAUAAUGAAUACAUUUUCAACGACCACAUGUUCCUAUCCUAUGGUCCCUUGAAUGUUUAUUCGUACAGCUGCUCCAUCCUGUCACAGUAUAUAAAAGCGUUAAACAUUUCCACGCAGCAAUUUAAAAUAAACGAAAUGAAAAAUCAUAUGAAGUUGAAAAAGACGCUAAGUAUCUUCUGCAAUGAGAGGGAUGAUCCUUUGGGAAAGGACAACUCAAACCAUGGGAGCCUUUCCAACAUAAAUGGAAGUGAACCUUUUGUAAGCAUUUCUCAGAGUAAGAGCAGUAAUAGUUUUACAAAUUUUUUUAAAAAAAGUACAUAUGAGGAGAAUGUGUUUUAUUCUUGUGAAAUGAAUGACAGUAGUAGUAGUGUGGGCAAUAGGAAGGUCUACGGGGUGCGUAAUGAAAACAGCUCUCCCAAUUUGGAGGUGGAGUAUAGUAGGAGCACGGAGUCGAUUGGGCGUAUUGGCUCUCAGGCGGCUCCUGCCCGUGGCCUCUCCUCCGUCAGCAACAGCGUCAGUAACAACGUCAGUAGUAACCUCAGUAGUAACCCUAGUAAGAAUAUAUGUGACAACGCCGGCAAAGCGCCAAAUUGCAGCAGCGGCGUCUACCCAGGAGGAGAGAAAAAAAAGACGAACAAAAGAAACGCCCUGAUGAUAUCCAACUUUUUCCCUUACCCAUUAAACAACAUGGAACUGUUCAUAACAAAAAACAACGGAGGAACGAGGGAAGUGAAUAAUCAAGACGACAUGAUCACCCUGAUACAUGAAGUUUUAAGAAGUAACAACAAGGACAGUUAUACCUACACGGAUUUUGCAAGAUGGUAUAGAAAUAACAUAGGAAAAUUUAGCUACACCUCCCAGAAUGUGCUCAAACACUGCUACAACAGCAUAAAGGAUAGCUACUUUGUAAAUGUAGACGUGGGUUAUAUAAAGGAGAAAUGCAAAGAAAUAGAUGAGAAAUACUACAGAGGAAAUACAAAUGACUGCCUUAACAAAAAGGGGAAGGAGGAUUAUUUAAAAAAGAUGUUCCAUUACGUGAAGAACAACUAUGACUAUAUAAAAAAAAUAAAGUGUCCAUUCAACACCUUUUUCGUGGGGGAGCUUAACCUGGAUAACCUCCUAAAUUUAAAUAUCAUUGAUUUGCUUGACUGUGCAUUUAAGGUCUUUUUCAUUUCUUACCUAAACUCUGUCAUGAACUCCAAGUUGAUUUACGUACGAAAGAUUCAGGACAUUCUGGCCAGCAUGUUUACCAUUAUAAAAGGUAUUCACAGGGGGGGUAGAAGGAGAAAUAAAAAGAAGAAAAGGAAAAAGAAGAAGAAGUGGGAGGGGAACCACGGCGGUGAAGACAGUCGGGAUGGUGACAACGUUGCAACGAACCACCCUGGGAGUGAUGACGCAGGGAGGAGGAAACCCCAUUCCAAUUCCAAUUCGAUUUCCAAGGAUGAUGCUGCUGGUGGAAGCCUUCCUAACCUGAAGAGGGGUCACAUGAACAUUUGCCCUCUUCGAGUCAACCCGCUUAACAGUGAUAACCUAGCGCAGUACGGGAAGAGUAGCUAUGAAAACUUCCCUUCCCUUCCAAGGAGGGAUAACCAGGGAGGAACAACUCCCCCCCCGGGUAAUAGCAACCGAAGCAACUCAGCGGGCAAUCCGUUAAGAAGCAAUCCUCCCCAUGUUAAAUCACAAGAAAAUAUGAACGACCCAGAAAGAAACAGCAGUGACAAUGUAGACUUCAGCGACAGUAGCGAAAAGAAGACAGGGGAAAUUAAAAGGACAUGCAGGAAAAAGUACCAAAUUAUUUUUAACGAAAAAUUAUUCCUCCUAUUCGAAAUGUGUGAACAAAUGUUUAACAAAGCAGCAUGGCUAUAUCAAAUAUUUAACAACGGUUUGGAUGAAAAAAGGAUCUUCACUUUGAUAAAUACCAUCCUGGAGUCGGAAGAGAAGGAAAUUGUUAUCCACCCCAAGGACCAGAAAUACUUUUACGACUUUAUUAAAAACAUUUGCCUGAAUGAGAACAACAAGAAUAGCACGUUGGAAAAAAAAUGGAGCGGAAGUGCCUCCAAGUUCCACAGAAUAAACAAAACCAUUUCGUCCAAAAGUUUAAACAAAACGUUCAUGUCGAAAAGUGAACGGAACGAAAAAAGUGAAAAUAGCGAAAAAAGCGAAAAAAGCGAAAAAAAUGACAACAUCACCAGCAAUGCAAAGAGCCCCGUGAUUAAUAACCCGUAUCAAAAUUUGGGAGUGUCUGUGAAGGUAAAAAAGAACGAUUCACAGACUUACCAAACGGCCAGUGACGAAAAAAACAUGCUCAACAGAGAUAAGCUAUCCCUCCUGUUGCAUUCCUACAAUAAGGAACAGAAUAUUCAGGAGUGCAUUAUUGAUUUUGUCGACCAUAGUUUUGGAGACCCCCUCUACAACACCCCUGCGCGCAUGUACUGCAGCGUGAACCAGGUCGACACGACCGUUUCGUUUGUUAAGACGACAUCCAAUUUGUGA